CCUCACCAGCAGACUGGCGGUGGGCAGGGAGCUGCUGCGGAGGAUAUGAGGAGCAAUCGUGGAAGAGGAGUCAGUCCGACCUUGUCUGGCUCACUGUCCUGUGCCUGGUUGUGCGUAAACGCUACUAAAAUAGUUGGCGGUGUUUAAAGACCCUUCAGGCGGGUACAACUUUGGCCCUCAUUCAUGUUUUUAUUUGCAACACAUCCAUGUCUGGGUGAUGUGCACAGGAAUAGAUCAGCACUACUCCAACCUCUUCCGCAUAUUGGAUUUCAAUGCAAAGAGAAGGUCGCCAACGUCCCUCUAAGGAUUCGGGAAAUGAAGACUGCUUCAGACACGGACUCAGUAUGUUUUUACUUUUGAAACGUUUUUCUGCGCAGUUUUGAUCAAGGGAUUUUCUUCAACUCGCGAAGCAUUUGCUCCCUGUGUGGGAUUACUCGUUGCAUUGCUUGUAUUUGAAUACUACCUAUAGUUUUGGAUGAGCCUGUGCUGUGCGUUGUACAGUGCACACAUUCGAUCAUAAUGUAUUUAAUUUAGGACAACCUCUGUCUGUAGAAAGUGCCAAAUUAAGCCGGAAUGGCGAACGAGUGUAAUCGCAACAUUGUGGAAAAGUAUAUCUGCCAUAAACUCUCCAAGCGGGGCUAUGCGUUUGGCUUUAAUGAUGUCCGGGAUGAAGAUGCUGCUAAUAAUGGGUCAAUAGUUGUCCCUCCACCGACUUUGGUCCGUCGGUGCCGUGAAGCCAACGCCGGGCCUGACAGCGAGAGCAUCCCCCAGCUCUGCAAACGGCUCCCCCAGUCGGACCCGACCGACGCCAUCCACAGAGUCCUACGCGAAGCUGGAGACGAACUUGAAAGACUAUACCAGCCGGACUUCACGGAGAUGUCACGGCAGCUGUAUCUCACCUCCACCACGGCGCAGAGAAGAUUCGCCGAGGUGAUAGACGAACUGUUCCGGGACGGGGUAAACUGGGGCCGGAUUAUCGCUUUCUUCGAGUUCGGGGGCACGGUGUGCGUGGAGUGCGCUGCCAAGGAGGAGAUGACAUCGCAGGUGGACAACAUCGCGGAGUGGAUGACGGAGUAUUUAAACGGUCCUCUUGGCAGCUGGAUACAAGAUAACGGGGGAUGGGAUGCCUUUGUGGAGCUGUAUGACAGACAGAGGGACUCCCUCUUCAGUUGCUCCUGGCCCUCCAUUAAGACGGUCUUCGGUCUGGCUGCACUCGGGGCAGCUAGCCUCACCAUCGGAGCGUACCUUACACAGAAGUGAACAAGCCCUCUUUCUACCAGCUUGACUUUAUUCCUCCUCCUCCUCCUUCUCCUCCUUCUCCUCGUGCCUCUUCUUUUUACUUUUUAUAGAUGCCCCUGACCCCUCAGAGACAACCUUCAGAUUCUUCUGAAUCUGGCUCUCUUCAAAGCCUUCUCUCAGAAAACUCCCUCUUUAUCGCCCCUCCAUGUCAAAACAGACACAAAUCAAAACAACUGAAGCAACCAGAUGCAUACAGAGCAAAGGACGUCUUCAAAAAGAGGCAGCUUAGAUGUAAUCGCACUAAGCUGAGUGCAGCUGAGGAGAAAGGAGGUGGCAUCAGUGGCAUGCAUCUUUUGGUUUUGUUUUGUUCUGCCUGCUUCUGUACUAGUUAUAGCAUGAAUGUUGAGUGUUAGUGUAGACGUUGCAUGUGUCAGAGCUCAUGCGGGACUUCUAUUUGGAGGCCUUGAUGAAGAUGGGGUUGCAGGGACAAUGAUGCCCCACACCGCGGAGGAAACGGGCGAAGCCCCGCCCCUGCUUGUUAGGGUGAAGAACCCCGUUUGAACUGUGGACUCCAGUUACCCCCCACCCCCCCUGCAGCCGUCCUUCAAAGGACUUCCUUCACAGAACAGCUGCUCGGAAUGUAUAAUGGAAACAGCUUGCUACAACCAGCGUGGCUUGUGUCUACUGCUUUCACUCCUCAGGCAGCUUCAGUGAACUCUGAACACACUGCACCAUUAUACUCUCCCUGGCCUUCAAUAUGUAGAGGAAGGGCCAGUGGAAGACUGAGCUCUGCUGAUCUUACUUUGGCAGAGAUUGAAAGCUCCUCGAUUUUUAGGUUGGUUUUCAUUUUUGCAGCACGCCAAACCCCAAAAAUGGUGUGGUUUUACCACAGAAAAAGAUGCGAAUGGGGGGGGGGGGGGAAACAUGCCGAAGAAGCCUGUCGUUGCAUAAAAAUCAUAUGGUAAUGAAUAUGCUGAGAAAAAUGUCGAGCACAGCACAAAAGAGUUAGGUGGAAGUCAAUCUGAGCAAGGGAGUAGGCCCCUGCUACAUAAACGGACAAUAUUUGAAAUAUGCAUUCCUCAAGCAGCGCGAUGGGAACGAGACCGCUCCUCUAAUAAAAAUGACUCCCCUUUAAAAGCACCAUCACUGUUCACAGAUUUGCACCAAGCAACUCUUAAAAAUGAUCAGUUCUUUUCUAUUUUCUACCAGUUUCUACCAGCUUUCUUACUCUGAACUCUGCCCAUUUGUGGUCCGAUUGUUUGGGCCCACCCAGGUUUUUAGAGCUGACCCUGUCAACACGUGUCCUUCAGCUGCCGAGGGACCGCAGCCACUCGGUACUGCUCGAAUCCACUCUGACAAAUACUCUUGUUGACGUGGACUGAGAAAACCUCGCCGGGCCACAGAUGACUGAGUGGAAUACCACGGCAGCAGGGUUUCAGUUUGGGACUCGAGCCAGUGUGUCCCGCGUGCUGGAACCUGAGCUGUCCCUUCUCCCCGGUCUGCAGAACGCAUUCAGUCAUUGAUUUGUUUUAUCGAUGUUUGUCUUGUGUUACAGUCCGAUAGAAAAUUUGGAAACACUCACAGGCUCCAAAAUAUUUUAUUGUACACAGUACUUAGCAAGUUGGUUAUGGAAAAGUGAUUUUUCUUUUUCUUUCCUCUGUCAUUAAAAAACUUCAACUUCUUUGUUGCAUGGAUGAAAGAUACUGUCUUCACACAAUAAAUAUGUGUAAAACAUAUUUAUAACAGAAGAGUGUCGAAGAUAACAAAUCGCAGCAAAGGAGUUGCACUUUUCUAUUUAUUGAGAGGUACCAGAUCACAGAUUUUUUAACCGUACUUUGAUGAAAAAUGUAAUGUUUUCACUUUUUUCAAUCCUAUGGAAUCACACUGUAAGUACAUUUUUUUCCUGGCUGCUAUUAUAACGAGAAAGAUGUCUUUUUCUUUUUUUAAGUGAAUUUCGGUGUCGUAUUAAUAUUGGCUUAAGGCUGCUAUACUGUCGAUUUAACUUUUACUUACAGCUUAAACUGCCACAGAUUUACAGUAUAGAUCUAGAGAGCUGGAAACCAAAGUUAACUUGUAUUAGUCUUUAAUUUAAAAAAACAGAAAAGUAGCUUAAGGAGAACACACGUCGCUUCACUUCACUGAGUCUGUUCAGUGAGGUUUUAUGACCUCUCUGUGGAGGGUUUGUCUAGUGUUACUGUACUAUAUCAGCUUAACUUUUGUCAGCUUUGUGCUCCGAUGAUAACUCAGUGCUUAUCUGUAAAAUGUUGACCUGCCAGACUUAAACCUUGUCUCAGUUGUCACUACAAACCAUCCCAUUCUCAUUACAGCAGCUCACAAAGUGUGAUAUUCCCAGUGAUGUGUGUGUGUAAGAGAGAACCGGAAGAUGAUUUAUGAGCAGGAGUAGUAACAGUUCAACAGCAAUAUACUGUAAUUUUUUAUAUUCUCUGUGCAUUUAUGAAUGUAGGCGCCAUGGUUGCUGUACUGUUUUAUGUCUAUAAUCACAAACCUGUAGCACUUAAAAAAAAAAAGAAAAGUGAACUGUGUUUCUGUUGUUUACUGCUAUAUCCACGAUAAGCUAGCGGGAUCAUAUUGUUCCUAAUAAACCAGAUUUCUCAAGCAGCUGCAGUCUAAGUUCA